AUGCCCGAGCUGGUGGUGACGGCGCUGCUGGCGCCCUCGCGCUGCUCGCUGCGGCUGCUCCGCGCCCUGGUGUGGGUCUUGGUGGGUGUCGCCGCGCUGCUGGCCGCCGCCUUCUACGGCUGCAUUGCGUUCACGCACGUGCUCUGCCGGCCCCGCCGCGGCUGCCUGGGGCGACCCCGGGUCGCCAUCCCCGCCAGCCUCAGGGACCCCGCGCUGGGCCAGCACGGCUUCCUGAGCCUCAGGGUGAGCUCCAAGCUGGGGUCCUUGCCUUUCCUGCAGAGUUCUGGCCUGCGGCUGCACUAUGUCUCCGCGGGUCAAGGCAACGGCCCCCUUAUGCUGUUUUUGCAUGGCUUCCCUGAGAACUGGUUCUUCUGGCAAUACCAGCUCAGGGAGUUCCAGAGCCAUUUCCAUACGGUGGCUGUGAACCUGCGUGGCUACGGCCCCUCAGACGCGCCCAAGGAUGUGGACUGUUACACUACAGAGCAGAUCAUGGCUGACAUCCAAGAUAUCAUCCUGGGCUUGGGCUACUCUAAAUGUGUCCUUGUGGGGCACGACUUCGGUGCCACCCUUGCCUGGAAUUUUUCCGUCUACUUCCCAUCCCUGGUUGACAGGAUGGUUAUAGUCAGUAGUCCUCCCAAGUUUGUGUUUCAAGAAUAUGCCCUUCAUCAUGUCGGCCAGUUGUUCAGAUCCAAGUACAUGUUCCUGUUCCAGCUUCCCUGGCUGCCAGAAAAGCUGCUGUCCAUGUCUGACUUCCAGAUCCUGAAGUCCAUUUUCACUGACCGCAAGAAGGGCAUUCCCCACCUGACCCCCAGCGAUCUGGAAGCCAUCCUGUAUGACUUCUCCCAGCCAGGCGGCCUCACGGGCCCCAUCAACUACUACCGGAACCUCUUCAGAGACUUCCCUGUGGAGCCCCAGGAGCUGUCCACUCCCACACUGCUACUAUGGGGGGAGAAAGACCCCUACUUCCAGACGGGACUGGUGAAAGCCAUCGGCACUCACUUCAUGCCAGGCCGGCUAGAGUCCCACAUCCUGCCAGGGGCAGGACACUGGAUCCCACAGACCCACUACCAACAGAUGCACAAGUACAUGUGGGCCUUCUUGCAAGACCUGCUGGGCUAGCGGCCUUCACAGGCCAGGCCCCCCUCAGGGUCUGAUUCUCAGCAACACCCACCCACGGGCGGGCCUGGAAUGCACAGGUGAACUCCUCCCUUUCCCAAGGCCAUCAACUCCUAGAUUGCAUGCUAGCUGGCUCUCCAUCACUUAAACCACAGGUCCACUGCCAGCUUUUUGGUGCUUCGCUGGAUAGAAAGAAUCUC